AGCGACUGAAGAAGUCGAAUCAGAACCGUCACGAUAUAUCGAUAGUUCGUCAUACGGAAGACGGAACACUCUUACAUUCAUCCCAAGUUUGCGGCAUUUCGUGAGUUUCGUCUCGUUUGUGACAUCGAAUUAAAAAAAUGCAACCCCAAAUAAUUUUGUUGAAAGAGGGUACUGACUCGAGUCAGGGUAAGGCCCAACUGAUAUCGAACAUAACGGCAUGUCAAAUGGUGGCUGACGCUGUGAGGACGACUCUGGGCCCUCGUGGAAUGGACAAACUCAUCGUGGACCAAAAUGGCAAGAGCACCAUUUCCAAUGAUGGUGCGACAAUCCUCAAACACCUCGACAUUGUUCAUCCAGCUGCGAAGACACUUGUGGACAUCGCCAAGUCUCAGGAUGCUGAGGUAGGCGAUGGAACCACCACUGUUGUCCUCCUAGCCACAGAAUUCCUGAAGCAGAUGAAGCCCUUCGUGGAGGAGGGUGUUCACCCCUGUAUAAUCAUCAAAGCCUUCCGCGAAGCCAUGCAAAUGGCUCAGCAGAUCUUUCAAGACGCCAAUAGACACCUCAAGGACGAUUUCCAGGCCGACAAACGAAAAAUCCUCGAGAUGUGCGCAGCAACGGCCAUGAACUCAAAGCUCAUCCACCAACAGAAAGACUUUUUCAGCAAAAUGGUUGUCGACGCUGUGAUGCAGCUCGGCGAGCUCCUCCCCAUGAACAUGAUCGGCAUAAAGAAAGUGUCCGGUGGUGCCCUUGAGGAUUCACUUCUGGUGGCUGGAGUGGCCUUCAAGAAGACCUUCUCCUACGCUGGCUUCGAGAUGCAACCGAAGAAGUACUCCCCCUGUAAAAUUGCCCUCCUCAACAUCGAAUUGGAGCUGAAAGCUGAGAGAGACAAUGCUGAAGUCAGAGUUGAUAACGUCGCUGAGUAUCAGAAGGUCGUUGACGCCGAGUGGCAGAUCCUCUACCAAAAAAUGGCGAAGAUCUACGACAGCGGCGCAAAAGUUGUCCUCUCGAAACUACCCAUUGGGGAUGUGGCAACCCAGUACUUCGCCGACAGAGACAUGUUCUGCGCUGGCAGAGUCCCCGAGGAGGACCUCAAGAGGACCAUGCAAGCCUGCGGAGGGGCUGUUAUCACCACCGUCGAUGGUAUCUCUGCCUCAGUGCUGGGUACGUGCGAGUCCUUCGAGGAGAAACAGAUCGGUGGGGAGAGGUUCAACUUCUUCACUGGAUGCCCCAACGCCAAGACAUGCACAUUCGUACUCCGGGGUGGUGCUGAACAGUUUCUGGAGGAGACUGAGAGGUCUCUCCACGAUGCUAUCAUGGUCGUCAGAAGAAUGAUGAAGAAUGACGCCAUUGUGGUUGGAGGUGGAGCCAUUGAGAUGGAGUUGUCGAAAACGCUGAGGGGUCAUUCGAGAAAUAUGACUGGCAAGAAACAGCUCAUCACAGCAGCUAUUGCAAAGGCUCUUGAGAUUAUUCCGAGACAACUCUGUGAUAAUGCUGGCUUCGAUACCGCGAACAUCCUCAACAAACUGCGACAGAAACAUCACCGGGGCGAUCUUUGGUACGGAGUUGAUAUCAACGCUGAGGACAUUGCUGAUAACCUGCGCGCCUGCGUCUGGGAGCCAGCUAUGAUCAAGAGGAAUGCACUGACAGCUGCUGGAGAAGCUGCCUGCUUGAUUCUCUCAGUCGACGAGACCAUCAAGAGCCCUAGCUCUGGAAACGAUGGUGCUCCCCAGAUGCCUGUUGGCCGUGGCAUUGGGAGACCCAUGUAAACAUCAUCAACUCCACCAUCUACUCCUCGAGUAUUACUUGUUUUAAUCUAAUGCUGCAUUUGCCGAAUUCCAUUCACCAUUCGCUGAAAUAUUAAUCGGAUUUUUUUGUAUUUCUCGCAGAGCUGAGGAAAUAAAACAUUUUGUAAUUGCA